UAACAACCCUAAUAGCAAGAAUAAGGACUGCGACUAUACCGAGCCUCUCCUCCAUCGCGGCUUUACCUGGCAGGUCAAAAUACUUUCGUUUUUGUUGACUACGACAACGGCGAAGCAUCAUAGCUUAGCGCUUGGUUGGUCGUCCCGCCCCCGCAUCAUCAACUCCAGGCUUCCAGCUUCACCGUUGAGUGUUGAUUUGCUUAUUUAUUCCGUGACAAUUCCGCAUGAGUAAAUUUUGACGCACUCCUACUUCCGUAUUCAUAGGUCUCUCAAAAUUAGACCAAACUUCGAAACCCCAAAGCAUACCCCGCGCUCGGGUUGCAAUUGCCCUCUUUUACGCAAACGGGAAGCAAUAGACCCAACACAAUGCGCCCGGAGGAUGACAAGAGAAUAGCGGACGAUGAGGGAGCCAGUCCUGCUGAGAGAGUUGCCGCAGCCUGCCGGGAAGAUAACACGGAUGCCCUAGAAGAAGUCCUUACAGAGAUGGAGAGUGGGAAGAAAACAAAUGAGGAAAUUGCUGCGUUUUUCAACAGCGUUACGGAUCCCUUGGGCAAUCAUGCGCUUCAUAUCUGUGCUAUGCAUGGAAGCUACCACGCAGCCGAUUUCCUCUUCGAUAUAGAAUUUUUCGAAUGCGACCCAAGAACUCGACUCGACAAAGAAACCCCCCUUCACCUCGUCGCGCGCUACGCAAACGACACGAGCCGUUACAAUUCUGUCACAGAUGCCAUCACAAUGGUUAAAAUGAUGUGCGAAGCCGGCUGCGACCCGCGGGUAACGAAUAAAAAUGGCGAGACGCCUUCCCGAUUGCCGGAUAUGAUUCCAGAGGAGUUGCGAAGGGAACUGAGGCAGGCGGAAUAUCUACUAAAUGAGGGGUUGGGGUUACAAGAUGAUCCUGAUAGCGAUGGCGAUGGUGCGCGGGCGGGGAAUAGCGCGAGUGAUUCUGAGUGAGGAUAGAUAGUGCUUGGGUGGUGUGAGAGAAUGUCCCGUUUACGAGUCUUCUUCUUGUUGUUUUUCUUCCUCGGCUAUAUUAGAUCAAUUCAACGUUUCUGAUUAAAUUCCAUUCGCGUAUGCGAAAAGCUAAAAGAGAAGAAAAAGGCGAAAAACAGAACGAAAGAAAGCUGGAAGAAGAAAUAAGGGGGGAAAACUGCCUUUGGGUACCACAUGCAUGAUUUGCUGUUGUUUAGCGUCUGUUUCCUUGUUGUGUCCGAUUUUUUUUUUUGUUUCUUGACUUUUUUAUUGCAGUAUCCGUCCUUCCAUUUACCCUCGAGUUAUUUGUUAUCCACCUCUUCUUACCUAUCUAUCCAGGUAUUUAGCCCAUGCAUUCCCC